ACUGCAGUCAUAUUAUAGUCGGCUAAAUAAACAAGCUCCCUCUGGCACAGUCGUUUAUCAGCCACAGGUGGUUAUCAGUCAGACUGAGUCAGGCGGUACAGUCAAGAUGAAGUUGCUGCUUGUUGUUUCUGCUGUUCUGGCUGUAUCCAGCUGUGCCAGCAUCUCUCUGGAAGAUCUGGAGUUUCACGCUUGGAAACUGAAAUUUGAAAAGUCAUAUGACUCUGAGUUAGAUGAGGCUCAAAGGAAGCAGGUCUGGCUCAACAACCGCAAAUUUGUGCUAAUGCACAACAUCUUGGCAGACCAGGGUUUGAAAUCCUACCGUCUUGGGAUGACACACUUUGCCGAUAUGGACCAUGAAGAGUACAAACAGCUGGUUUCCCAGGGUUGCCUUCACACCUUCAAUGCUUCUCUGCCUCAGCGUGGCUCUACCUUUCUUGGCCUGCCUGAAGGUACUGAUCUGCCCGACACUGUUGACUGGAGGGAUAAGGGAUAUGUCACUGAAGUCAAGGAUCAGAAGCAGUGUGGCUCCUGCUGGGCCUUCAGUACAACUGGUGUACUGGAGGGUCAGCACUUCAGGAAGACAGGAAAGCUGGUGACUCUGAGCGAGCAGCAGUUAAUGGACUGCUCUCACAGCUUUGGCAACAAUGGCUGCAAAGGAGGAUCAGUGAAGCGGGCCCUUCAGUAUAUCCAAGCCAAUGGAGGAAUUGACACUGAGACAGCCUACCCCUAUAAGGCUAAGGGUCAACAAUGCCAUUACAAGCCUGAUGGUAUUGGUGCCAAAUGCACUGGCUAUGUUCAUGUCAAACCCAGUAAUGAAGAAACCCUGAAGAAAGCUGUGGCCACUAUCGGACCGAUAUCUGUUGGCAUUGAUGCUUCUCGUCAUUCAUUCCAAUUCUACCAAUCAGGAGUGUACAAUGACCCCGACUGCAGCAAGACAGUGUUGGACCAUGGUGUGCUGGCUGUGGGUUAUGGUACAGAAGAUGGACAUGACUACUGGCUGAUCAAGAACAGCUGGGGUCACAGAUGGGGAGACAAGGGAUACAUUAAGAUGAGCAGGAACAAAUCCAACCAGUGUGGGAUUGCUUCUCAAGCAAGCUACCCUCUGGUCUGAAGAUCGGAAGAAACCCAUCCUCAGUUUUUCCUUCUGAUUUUACAGAAAAUCUGGUUUGCCCAGAAUUUAUUUCAGUCUUUUUAAGCAAGUUGUUUUUAACUAAACAUAAUUUUAUUUGUGGUGUUAAGAAGCUCUCUUUGCCUGCAAAGGUGUUUGAUGGAAUAAAUGUAUAACUACAGCAAAUACAUGUAAAAAUAAAUAAAUAAAUAAGCUAUGAAACUGUGCUCUGUCGAUC